UUUUCAGACAAUAGACAAUAAACCAACCCUGUUAAAAAAUUUGAAUGGAGUAUUUUGUUUACAUUUAUGAAUGAAUGAUGAAUAGGAAUCUGAAUGUAUAAUAAAUUUAAAAAUGUACUCUACUAAUAAAAAGAUUCACAAAUCUGAUAAGCAAAAGGACACUGAAAAAUGCAACAUAAAGGAAUUAUGCGCUAAGGUGACUGAAAAAAUAUGUUAUCCAGAAGGAGUCACUUUGUUAUCUAAUUCCUUGUCAGAAUUUUCCGCCUCCAAUUCGGAAAGUCAUCAAUCGGAGAGACAGUUGUUAAUAGAUGCCGUACUCAGGAGUUUACUGAAAACCAAAGUAACAACGAAUCAUGUCGACUCCAUCAUUAAUCGCAUUGUUAUGGAAUUUCCAAAUUGUGGAAAAAAGACUUUACUGCAUCUUGUAGAGUUUUGCUUGGAUAGAAUACAAGAUAACGAUGAUGAUCAUAUGUGUUGGAAAGAUUUAUUACCGCCUUUGUUACAAAAACUUAGAGAUGAAAAAUUUAUUAAUUUCAAAGGAAGCGAAAUCCCAGGAGUAGAGUAUAAAUCCAUAAUUGUAAGAACAAUUGGUCAGGCGAAAUGGGAUUUAAAUCUCUUGACGUCACUUGCGAAAAUGUUUCGAGAGAUGGCCUUGGAAAAAGCCGACCUCGAUCUUGUUUCAAGAUCUUUAUGUGACGCGCUGUUUACAUCGGAACUUAGUGAGAUUCCUCCUUUAGUACAUCAGCUUCUUCGUCUUAACGACGAUAGCCGAUUACUUUUAAAUACACUUCAAAAAUACUUCUCCCAUAAAUAUGCCGAAGCUUCACAGCAAAGCGACGUGGACUUUGAUAGCAUUGGACCUGUUGACUCAAAAAAUAUAAAAGAAACGGAAAGCACGGUUUUAUAUCACAUUUAUCAAGCAGUUCAAAUGGAUCAAAAGAUAUUGAAAGUUUAUUUACGAUUUCUCAGGAACGUUACUAAUAAGCCAGAAUUUAUUAUGGACUCCUUUAUAAUAUCAGUAUUGCUCUUUAAUGUAGAUUUCUUCAGAGAUCAGGUUUUUGAAGUGCUAAAAUUAGCAAUCGUUCGAAAGUGUCACGAGGAAGAAAGGUGUAAAAACAGUUUAUGGUUAAGAAAUCUCGUGCCCAAUGAAUGGAAAGUGAUUGAUAUUUUCGGCGAAGUUAUUGAUAGAAGUAAAGAGGAGCGAAGUAAUAUUUUAUCCAGCUUAUUAGAAUUUGCGUUUUAUCUUAUGGCAACUGAGAAGAAAAUUGGCCACGAUGACACAGCAAUUCUUUGGGAAGUGGGAACAAAAGUCGUUCAAAGAAUAGCUAAGAAGGAACAUGAUUCGGGUUCAAAUAUUUUGAUGUGCUUGUCUGAGAGAAUUAUGACAAACGAGAAUUCCUUUUUGCAGUACACAGAUUGCCUAUCAUAUAUGUGCCGACGAUUAACAUUAGUUACUACAAACAAUCAAGCGUUGAUUACCUCUUUAUUGGAACAACUACUUUCGAAAGCUGGAAGUGACGUAAUGCCGGUUGUGUCCGCCAUUCUUCCCUUGUUAAAAACAUCACAACGUGUACGAGACACUUUUGUAUUGGUCUUGAGGAAAGCCCUAACAAAAAGUGACAUUUAUUUGCGAAAAAUGUCGGUAUUAGGCUUCUUGGAGUUAUUGAAGAAUUUAAAAGUAUCUUCACUGAAUGCCUUAAGCCAAGGGAGUGCUAACUGUUCCUCUUCCACCUCGUCUGCUUCUUCACAUUUCACCCAAGCAGCUUUUGAGAGAAAUCAACCUAGAGUUACUCAGGAUCCAAAAUAUAAUAUGUCACUUUGUCAAGAACUUUUGUCCAUUCUAAAACGAUGUUUGAUGUACGAUUGUCAAGUGCGAUUGUAUUUAUACCAAGGUAUUUACGAUGCUGUUGUUGUAAAUAUGGAACUAGCAGAAUAUGUAUCGGAAAUGUUACUCGACCAUUUCAAGCUCUUCUGGGAACCUAGCGAGGAUAUUUUGCCACCCAUAGUAUUUGACAAGUGCACCAUCACACAAGGCGCCGAAGAAGUUUUACAAGAACCCUUGGGAGAAUUGGUCUUUCUCAUUCAAAAGUUGUAUAUAAAAACAGCUUUAAAGAACUAUGCUGCCGUUAAUACAUUUUCGAUAAUAUUAGAGUCGCUAUGCAAAAGGAUAUCUUUAACGGAAGCUGAACAUCUUAAUUUGAACGAGGCGACUGAUUUAUUAGAUAAUGUUCCUAAAGCGCAACAAUCACUGCACCAUCUGAAGCUUACAAUAUCCGUUUGUGAAGCCCUAAUAGCUUACAAAUUUUGUUCUUGGUCGAAAGACAGUGAUCAUAAUGCUCAAAGUGUUAAAUCUUUAUUCAAGACGUAUCUAUAUCUCAUUGACUUCCUCAAGAGGAGUAAUAAAGUUAAAAAAGGCGAUCCUAAAAAGGCAGAUAAAGACGCAACAACUGACAGAAGUAUGAUUCGUAAAAAUACUCGCGCCAACACGCUGAAAGUUCCAAAUACUGUUAUGGAUAUUCAAACUGUUUAUAAAAUGCUGUCACUGCUUUUCGAUCCAAACUUGACAUGGGCGACGAAAGAAGAAGUGGACAUUUUAAAAGAUCGCGUCGAAUUUAAUAACUACGUGUUACAAACUUGUCUGCAAUUAAUUCGAAAUGCAAAAGCUUUGAAAAAGAUUUCUAUUAAACAACAUAAAGACAAAUGUUCAAGAACAUACAUGCAGAUUGGCCGAUUACUCUUCAAGAAUGUUAUAUCAAAAUUGGAGGAAGUUGUGGCUCUUAAUUCAAUUUCUUCCAUUUAUGCUGUUGAGUGUUUCAAGGAGCUUUGCGAUUUAAUGUGUAACAAUUGGACUUCGGAGUUGUCACUAUUUCUUAAUAUUGCAGUCGAUGUUGAUGAGAAAGAAGGUCUUGAUGCUCAAAUCAAAGUUAUUUUUCAACAAUUGAAAAAUCAGUUUAAUGUCGCUCUGCAAUUAGAUGUGGAAGAAGAUGCAAAUUUAAAAAAAGUUCCUUUGCAUCUCAUUGAAACGAUUUCAUACUUCGUUAAUAAAUUGACAUUCGAAAAAAACGCCACCAGUAACGAUGUGCAAGAAUGGUUGAAGAUUCAAGCUGCCACUGAAAUUAAUGAUUCGGCUAUAACGCUAAUUAUCAUUCAAUUGAUGUUGUUUGUCGAUGCCAGAAAAAUAGAAUUCGGCGAAAUUUUCUUGUCCAACAUUUGUACGGAUUUGUCCGACAAAUUUUCAGAGGAUAAUCAAUCCGACACAGGGGAGUAUGCAAUCAUAAAUGUCACAAAUUUCGUGCAAGUUGCUUGCGCAGUUAACAAUGCUCUCAAGUGUAAAUUACUAGAUAUCGUUUCGCUAUUCAACAGACUCAAAGCAGAGCAAGUUUUAAUAUGCACUCCAGGAUUUGAAAAUAAUGAACGGCGUGAGAAGUUGAGAGACAAUGAAAUCCAAGUCUGCAGUCAAUUGGCUAGUAUUGUUGGGAAUCUUGAUACGUUAGCCUCAAUUAAAAAAACUCAUGGUUUACAUUCGGAUGCACUCUUGAAAAAUGUUCAUCAAGUCUUCAAUAUAUUGUGCAAUCUCACGAAAUAUUUCAUUAGCAAAUGUAAACCAGGAAAUGCAACGGCCGUUUCACACAAGUUUCAAAUGUUGAUAAAAAGCGCCGGAAAGGAUUUAAAGCCUAGUAUUGAAAGUUACAUUUAUAAACUAGAGGAGGAUAAAAAACCACAGGGAAAAAGUAGCGAUUCGAAAAUACGACGGAAUAAAGUUUUAAAGGAAACCAAGCUGAUACCUCGAGUUAUUCAUGAAAUUGAACAAUUUCAUAAAGACAUUCUGUGCCUUUCCAAAAAAAGUGGGAUCGAGUUGAAUAAAAACAUUAAGCAGAGUCGCACCAGAGACUUUUCAAUUAGUAAAAAGGCACUAGUUGAAAAUCUAGACCGAAUAGACGCUAGUAUGCUCACAACACAAAAUACAACACAUCACACAACAAGAAAUGAAAGAGAUGAUGAUGAUGAUAAUGAUAAUGAUGUAACCAAUGUGGACAGCGAUAGUGAGAGAGAAACAAAUCAAUCAAAAAGACGAAAAUUAAAUUCAUCUUCUGAAGAAUAAAUUCCUUCUACGUUCUGUAUUUGAAAAAUCUUAUUUUCUAAAAUAAAAUAAAAUUUAUUUUCCAUAA